AUGGCUGCUCAUCGAGACCAGGCCACCGCUGCAUACCAGGACCCUAUCUUGAACAACAACCAGCAACGAUCAUACGGUGAUGAUGUCUUCUUCUUUCAACCCGACAUCAACAACCACAACCACAACCACAGCAACAGCAAUAAUGACAAUACUUAUCCCGACAUGACAUACUUUGAUGCCUGGCCCGCACAAGGACACCAAGGGCAGAAUUACCAGUAUAACAACUGCAACUACGACUACGACUAUUGGACCAAGUCGCCAUUCGUAAACACGACGUAUUCAGACUCGUUUGAAAAUGCCGCAGUGGCAGCAGGGCCGGUCUCUUUCAUUGUACCGUCGCAGACGCAGAUCUUUGCCACCUCCUCCCUUCCAUCACCAUCGUCACCAUCACAGCAGCAGCAGCAAAGAUACUCCACAGACACCGAAAUGACAUUCGAGCAAGAGCAAGGGCACGAGCACGGACAGGGCCAACACCCGCGGCAGUCCCUGAAACGCAUAGCACCAGGUGGCAGAAGGAGAUCAGGGCCAAAGCCUCGCUCUGCAGUACGGCCUACAGCAUCGUCCUCAUCCUCGUCAUCUGCGACUUUUCCAGGUGUCGGUACUAGAGAAGGUUCAUCUGGCCCGGCGCAGGACGUCCCAGCGAUACCAACAAGUCAGGGUGGUGGUCUAGGCCCACCUGGUACAAGGUCCAGAACGAGAAAUGCAAACGUGAUGUUGACUGAACAACAAGAACAACAACAACAAAAACAAGACAAAAGCCCGCUGGUAUUGUCGUCGGCGGAGAAUAGAUCAGAAAACAAAAAGCGAAGCCAGUCUGAUUCGUCCAAGGAGGAUAGAGACGAGGACGAGGACGAGGAUGAGAAUGAGGAGGAAGACAUGGCGAGUCUCAAGGCCAAGUACAACCACUCAAUCAUCGAGCGGCGGUACCGUGACAAUCUCAACGGGAAGAUCAACCAGCUCCACCGCACCCUGCAAGCCACCGAGGCCAGUUCGCCCCUUUUCAUGCGAGAGCAGCAGCAGCAGCAGCGAUUCGAUUUCGACGGUGCCAGUGCCCUUGCUCUUCUACCACCCGCACCGACGUCCGAACACCUCGGUCGAAAGAGGGUUCGGAAAUGUGACAUCAUGACGAGGGCUCUCGAGUACGUCCACCGCUCCGAAACCGAGAGCCGUCACAUGAGAGAUGAGAUUCAGCGGCUACAAGACCAGGUUCGAGGUCUCGAGAGGCUGAUCAAGUGCGAGGAUUGCACGCUGUUACAGAAUGUGAGACGAAUGGUUUUGGAAAAGCCUUGCUAG